AUGAACUUCUUUUUAGACUAUGCAAUUUGUAACCGUGGGACGAGCACCUACCCGCCCAAGGAGUACCAGCACCUCGACCAAGGGACCACUUCCUUCCCAGCUUGUUCAGGUACCACUCCUGCCUGUGACAGCUAUCACUCAGAUGGGUGCUUUGGGGUGGCGGGGGUGGGUGCUACUGGGCCCAACGCCCACCACCAACAGGGCCCCAGCUAUCCUCCUCCUCUUCCUCACAGCCCAGCUGGCCUUGGCAUCUCCUUCACCAGCCCCUCUCAUCAAGGAGGGGGAGGGGGAUACGCAGCCUCCGGUUGCAGCCCCAGCUUCACCAACCCCCAGUUCUACCACAGCCCCAUGGAGACGGAUGGAGCCUAUUUCCAGACCUCGGCCUACCCUGCCAGCUUGGCUGCAGCUUCCUCUCCUUCUUCUUCCCACCUAGUAGGAAGUAUACCUGAUGCUUUUUGUGCAGCCACCCCGGGCCAGUUUCAACCACACCAUUAUGGCCCUGAUCAGGGAGGCUAUUUGCAAGGGGCUUUGGGCAACCUUUCCCCACCUCUGUCUGAGAACAAAGAGCUGAGGGCUUGCCGGGCCCAUCCAUGUCCCAUGGCUGCUGCCGCUGCUGCCACUACUACCACCAGCCAGACCUUCGACUGGAUGAAAGUGAAAAGGAAUCCUCCUAGAACAGCGAAAGUGACUGACUACGGAUUGGCCGUCCACGCGAGCACCAUCCGGACCAACUUCACCACCAAGCAACUGACGGAGCUGGAGAAAGAGUUUCACUUCAGCAAGUAUCUCACCCGAGCCAGGCGGGUGGAGAUCGCUGCUACUCUGGAGCUGAACGAGACCCAGGUGAAAAUCUGGUUCCAGAACCGGAGGAUGAAACAGAAGAAGAGGGAGAAGGAAGGACUGGCUGGUCCCCAUUCCGCCGCCGCCACCGCCUUCCGCGGCUCUACCAAGGAAAGCAGCGAGGCUGCCUCGGACAGAUCCAGCGGGUCCUCCACCCCCGACGCUUCGCCCAGCUCGGUGUCCUCUUGA